UUCAACAAAACGUGUUCUCGUGCCUUAACCUCUGAUUGUCGAUCCUCACCUUGAGUGUCACCCAUUGUUUACAAUUAUUAGAAAUUGUUUUUCAUUGAUGAGAGUAACACACGAUGAUGGAAGUGAGCCCAGAAGAGGUGGCAAUGCCAGGUGAUGUCAUAAAAAUAACAACUGAUAAUCCUAAACAGAAAAUAGUCAUUGGGCCUGGGUUGAGAAGAGAAGGAGAGACUAUUUACGCCUGCAAAGCCGGGAUUCUUAAAAAAAGAGCACCCUCGAUUUACUAUGUCGACAGCUAUCAAAGAAGAUAUAUUCCAAGCAGAGGUGAAAAUGUUGUUGGGAUUGUGACCCAAAAAGCCGGAGACAUAUUCAAAGUAGACAUUGGUGCGUCUGAGCAAGCCUCCCUCCCCUACCUAGCAUUCGAGGGUGCAAGCAAGCGAAAUCGUCCAGACGUACAAAUUGGAGAUGUCGUAUUUGCAAAACUGCUGAUCGCUAGUAAGGAUAUGGAGUCAGAGCUCGUGUGUGUUGACUCUCACGGUAAAAAAGGAAAGUUGGGUGUGCUUGGGCCCAAGGGAUUGCUCUUCAAUUGCUCCCUGAAUCUAGUGAGGAAGCUUCUCCACGAGGACAGCCCCUUUUUCACAGCCUUUGGAAAGGAACAGCCCUGUGAGCUGGCUGUCGGGAUGAAUGGAAGAGUAUGGAUCAAUGCGAGGAGUGUCAGGGAGACUGUGGCACUUGCCAAUGGAAUUUUAGCUGCUGAAUUCACUCCCAGCAACAAGAUUCAGGAAUUGUGUCAGAGCAUUGCUCAAACGGUUCUCGAAACGAGCUGAAGUAAAUCAUCGAUAUCUCCUGAUCCAGUUGUACCAUUUGGGGAAACUAAAGCUCAUUUGACGAUUGAAAAAACCUUGAAAAUGAAAACUGUCGUUCACCCUUCCACUGAAAACCAAUAAUUUUUAUGAGAAAAAUUUCUUCGAUCGUCAAUAUAUGCUGAUCCAACGACUCGAAAUAAUAUCUUCAAAAUUGAAAAUUCACAAAUUCGGAAUUUCACUCUAUAUUAGUCUCGAAUUAUUAGAGAUUAAGGAUGUUUGCCAUUGUCAAUAAAUGUGUUUUUUUUUCAUGGUCAAGGAAAGUUCUGUUAUUUUUUCGGAUGACGGCAGAACAUGAAACUA